UGAGAAGCCUGACGCUCUUAUUAAAAAUUGGCCGAAUUCAGAGUGGCGGAGCGGCACAAACGCCCGCGCUAAUUGGUCAUGGCGUCCCGAGGAAUCGCAUUGCUCUACCUUCAAUUCCUACUCGCCGCCUUCUUUUUCGUCUCCUUCAUUCCAGCUCUUGCGUCUAUUCCUAAGCAUUCGAGCUCCGAUUCUUCUCGACCCCAUAGUUUUCAUAAGGACAAUAUUCGAGGCUUCAAAAUAGCUGGUGACAUGUUCUGGAAAGACGGACAGCCUUUUAGGAUCAUUGGCGGGGACUUGCAUUAUUUUCGUGUUCUUCCUGAGUAUUGGGAAGAUAGACUGCUAAGAGCAAAAGCAUUGGGCUUGAAUGCCAUCCAGACAUAUGUUGCGUGGAACUUGCAUGAGCCUUCGCCCCAGAAGUGGGUUUUUGAAGGCAUUGCAAAUAUUGAAUCAUUUCUAAACCUUACACAAGAAUUAGGAUUUUUGGUGAUGCUUCGUGCUGGGCCGUAUAUAUGUGCAGAAUGGGAUCUUGGUGGCUUUCCUGCUUGGCUACUUUCUAUAAAGCCUUCUCUGAAGCUAAGGUCUUCAGAUCCUAGGUACAUUAAUCUGGUUGAGAGAUGGUGGGGAAUUUUACUUCCUAAAAUUGCUCCAUUUCUGUAUGAGAAUGGUGGCCCUAUUGUCAUGGUUCAGGUUGAAAAUGAGUUUGGAUCAUUUGGGUAUGACAAAACGUACCUUCGCUACCUAGCUACUUUGGCCAGAAGACAUCUUGGGAAUGAUAUAAUUCUAUAUACUACAGAUGGAGGCACUAAGGAUACAUUAGAAAGGGGUACAAUUCCUGAAGAAGGCGUUUAUGCAGCUGUUGAUUUUUCUACUGGAGAAAAUCCAUGGCCAAUAUUUGAGUUGCAGAAGAGGUAUAAUGCUCCCGGCAAAUCACCUCCUUUAUCAGCUGAAUUUUAUACAGGUUGGCUAACGCAUUGGGGUGAACCAAAUGCAAAAACAAGUGCUAGUUAUACCGCUGCUUACCUAGAAAAGAUCUUAUCUUGCAAUGGUUCUGUUGUUCUCUAUAUGGCUUAUGGCGGAACCAACUUUGGAUUUUUUAAUGGUGCAAAUACUGGUCAAAAUGAUUCUGACUACAAGGCUGAUCUUACUUCUUAUGAUUAUGAUGCUCCAAUCAAAGAAUCUGGUGAUGUGGAUAAUCCAAAAUUUGAAGCACUCAGAAAUGUGAUUGAAAAGUACAGCCCAAUGUCUCUUCCUCCUGUACCUUCUUCUAAUGAAAGAGCAAAAUAUAGGAUAUUGAACGUGAAUAAGGUUGCAUCUCUUUUCAAUGUUCUUGAUAUUUUAUGUUAUCCUACGGAGGUGGUUGAAACUGACCAGCCCAUUCCAAUGGAACUAGUUGGCCAGAUGUUUGGUUUUAUGUUGUAUGUAUCCCAAUACAGUGGAAAAGGAAGCAAUAGCACUCUUUCUAUUCCAAAGGUUCAUGAUAGAGCCCAAGUGUUUAUUUCAUGCACAGCAGAUGGUAAGGGGGAAAAUCCAACAUAUGUUGGUACUAUUGAGAGAUGGUCAAAUAAGGAACUUGAGCUUCCCAAUUUCAAAUGCUCAUCAAAUAUUAGCCUAUUUAUUUUGUUGGAAAACAUGGGACGCAUAAAUUAUGGACCAUACAUUUAUGACAGGAAGGGAAUACUUUCAUCUGUAGCUUUAGAUGGCUAUAUUCUCCACGGUUGGAAAUUGUAUCCGAUUUCCUUGGACAAGCUAAGCCUUUCAAAUGAGACUCUAGUCAGAAAACUGGCAGAAUCUCAAACUGCCAAGAUUUCUAUCCAGACUAGUAUAAAAUUUCAUUCAG